UUUUCGAAUAUAGAAUCAAAACAAAAUAACCCAAAAUAUUGCAUAUAAUUUGAUAAUUGUAGGUAGGAUUGUUCGGGAAUUAAAUGCGGCGAACGGUUAGUCGUUGAGAUUACUUAAUGUAAUCCAAUUUGGCCUUAUAAAUAACACUUGAGUUGAGCUUAGCUCUCAUUGAACGAAGCUCGUCACUCCAACAAAAUGGUAAGGUUUACUAAAAGAGUUGUCCUGUUAUCUUUGCUUUGCCUUAAUGUGCUUGUAGUAAAUGUGGCUGCUAGAAAUGUAGUAAGUACGAAAGAGAACGAGGAAGAGAAGUUCCUAAGUAGCCAAAAGGGAGGUGCCUUUGGUGCCGGAGGUGGGUCUGGUUUUGGUGGUGGAGCUGGUGGAGGUGGUGGUUUUGGUGGUGGAGCUGGUGGAGGUGGUGGUUUUGGUGGUGGAGGUGCAGGUGGAGGUGGGGGUGGUGGAUUUGGAGGUGGCGGUGGUUUUGGAGGUGGACACCACUAAAGCUAAGCUUCACGUCGCAUGCAUGCAUGCAUGGAUCAAAUUUCUCUUAUUAGUCCAAUAUGAACGCAUGCUUAAUUAAAUGUUGUUAUUUAUCUUUCUCGUGCAAUCAUAUGAACGAUUUUGUUGAAAUACUAUAUAUAAAUAAUAACAAUAAUAAAUUAAUAAUCUCUUUUCCAAA